GCGGGUAUCCUCAAGAAGGUCAGGAUCCAUAUUAUGGGGAACAUCGCGCUCCAUUACCCGCCACCCAACGUUUUUCUGAUAGAAGUUAUGAAAAUUAUGGACAAGCUCGGUCUUCUGUAACUUCUGAAACUUCUAUUGAUGCUACAAUUUCACGUAUGGCAAGUAUGAAGAUUGGUGACGAUCGUAGUGUACCAAUUCCAUCUCAAGGUUCAUUUACUCCACAAAGAGUAAGCUCUCCCCGUCCUCGUCCUAAUCAACAAAUGCAAGGUCCUCCUCGUCCUAACCAGCACAUGCAAGGUCCUCCUCCUCCUAACCAACCAAUGCAAAGUCCUCCCCCUACUCAGCAAAUGCAAGGUCCCGGUCGACAAAUGCAAGGUAGUCCUCCUCCUCCCAAUCAACAAAUGCAGAGUUAUCUUCCUCCCAAUCAACAACUGCAAGGUUAUCCUCCUCCCAAUCAACAAAUGCAAGGCUAUCCUCCUAAUCAACAAAUGCAAAGUCCUCCUCCUCCUAAUCAACAAAUGCAAGGUCCUCCUCCUCCUAAUCAACAAAUGCAAAGUCCUCCUCCUAAUCAACAAAUGCAAGAGCAAUAUUAUGGUCAUUAUCCUCCAGAUUCUGACCCUUCCAUCCAAACUCAUCAAAACUUUCCGAAUUAUUAUUAUAAUAAUAAUCAAUAUCAUCCUCAGGACUAUCCUCCUCCCAAAGACAGUCAGGAAUUUUAUCCUCGGGGUCAACCUUACGAUACUGCUUCCAUAUAUACUGAAGAUUCCGAAGGUUAUCCUCCCAGCGAACGAUAUCCUCCUGGCGAAGGAUAUCUUCCUAACGAUCGAUAUCCUCCGGGUGAACGAUAUCCUUCUAACAAUGGGUAUCCCCCUAGUGAUGGGUAUCCUCCUAGUGAAGGUUAUCCUCCCAGUGAAGGUUAUCCUCCUAGUGAUGAUUAUUAUGGUGGUAUGAAUCCUCAUCAAUAUUAUCAGGAUCAAUAUUAUGGUCCACAAGAUGAAUAUGGUUCUAGAGCUUAUUAUGGUCAACCAGCUCAACAACCUUAUAUGGAAAAUACAAAUAGAUAUUCUGGUCAAAGAAACUCUGGCCCACCUAAUAAUAUAGAAGAUAAAACUAAAUAUACACCCGAAGCAAUAGAUCAAUAUAGACAAAAAAUGAAAACGGUUACCGAUCCUGAUGCUUUAUAUGUUUUUGCUAAAUAUUUAAUUUCUGCUUCAAUUCAUGUUGAUGAUCCUGAUCCUAAAAAUACUAAAAAGAAAAAAGAAGCAUUACUUCAGGAAGGUGUCAAAUUAAUGAAACGUUUGGCCACACAAUCUAUGGGUCGUCCUUCACAUCCAGAUGCUCAAUUUUAUCUUGCAGAUUGUUAUGGUAAUGGUUCAUUGGGUUUACAAAGAGAUCUUGAGAAAGCUUUUAAUUUAUACGAACAAGCUUCAAAAUCACGUCAUCCUGCGGCUACUUAUAGAACGGCGGUAUGUUACGAAGUUGGUGGUGGAACAAAACGAGAUCCACAUAGAGCAGUUCAAUUUUAUCGUAAAGCAGCUGCAUUAGGUGACACUGCCGCUAUGUAUAAACUUGGAAUGAUCAUGUUAAAAGGACAAUUGGGUCAACAUGAUAACCCACGAGAAGCUCUUAAUUGGCUUAAGCGUGCUGCAGCUCAAGCAAAUGAAACAAAUCCACAUGCAUUACAUCAAUUAGGAUUAUUACACGCUAAACCAGAAAAUGAACCACCAAUAAUUCCUUCACUCAUCAGAAAUGAAGCACAUGCAUUUGAAGAAUUUAAACGUGCUGCGGAUCUAGGUUAUGCACCAUCUUGUUUUAAAUUAGGUGCUUGUUUUGAAUACGGACAGCUGGGUUGUCCUAUUGAUCCUCGACAAUCUAUUCGUUAUUAUUCACGUGCAGCCGAAAAAGGAGAUCCUAAUGCUGAAUUAGCAUUAUCUGGUUGGUAUUUGACAGGUUCAGAGGGUAUAUUAAAACAAUCUGAUACAGAGGCAUAUUUAUGGGCACGGAAGGCUGCAGAUAAAGGCCUUGCAAAAGCAGAAUAUGCCAUAGGUUAUUAUACGGAAUCAGGGAUUGGUGUAAGCCAAAAUCUUGAAGAAGCAAAACGUUGGUACAUGCGUGCUGCAGCACAAGGGAAUAAAAGAGCAAUGCAGCGUCUUACUGAACUAAAACAUGGUAAUAAACGAUCAGGCAAUACAAAACAUACACGAGCUCAGGCAAAUAAAGAAGACU